AUGUGUUUCCAGUGUCACGAAAUCAACGGCAACUUCUUCCCCGCCGCCGUUUUCAACGCUACUUUUGACGCCUCCGGUUUGAUGGAAAUCAACCACGGUGCCAACCACACUCUGCUUGAGUGGAGAAAGGGCCAAUUCGAACGCAUGAAGGCCUUAAUCCAGCAAGCCAGUUCUGACGAUUCUGCUCGCAGAAACGCCCAGGCUCUCUAUGAAACGAAGCUUCAGGAAUUCUUCCAGCGCAAUUGUCCUUCCUGGGAUGAAGAAGUUGAAGAAGUUGAAGAGGUCGUUUUAGAGAGUCUGAAGCAGGAUUCUAAGCCUGAGGAGAAGCCUGAAGACGAGAAGAAUGAAGAAAACUCCGAUUCUGAGUCUUCUUCCGAUGCUUCCUCUGAGGCCCCAUUGGAAUCCUCCAACAAUACCUCCCCAGCUUCCUCUCCAGUAUCCAAGGCUGCUGUUUUGGACAUCUUCCAGGAGACCAAGACAGAGGUCACUGAAUUUUUUGAAAAGCACUCUGAAGUCACUGACACUCCAGAAGUGACCGAUGACGAGCUUUUCGAAAGCCUUGAGGAGCUGUACAGCGAGUUCAAGAACCCCACCUUCCCAAAUGAAGCCUCAGUUUCUAAUAAAGCUGUUUUUUCUUUUUCCUCUCCAAAGCCCGGCUCCCUUCCCCUGGGCCACGGAUGGCUUUACAACAAUGGCAUUUUCACCAUUCCUGAGGAAGACGAGCCUGAGGAGAUUUCACAAACUGAAAUGACCACUUCUCUUUUUACUUGGACCAUGGUUCCGGGUGCAACUUUGCCCCGCUGUGAGCCAAAGCAAACAAAGUAUCCAAAUCAGGAGUCUUCUGGAGUUCAGAAGCUCUCUUGUGCUGGAAAUUAUGAAGUUCUGGAGGUUUCACAACCUGAGACUUUGCAAGCCAACUCGAACCAGGACUGUUCCCCCAGUCCUACCUUUUUCCAGAACCCUACUUGUUCUGAUCCUUCUCCAUCAUCGAAUGCGGACCGCCCGGCUCCAACCAACCUGGCCUACUGUCUAGAGGACUUCCCUUCUUUAGACACCUUUCUUCCUGGCGACUUUUUCAAGUUUCGGGAACUCUGCUACCCGAAGGAGGCUGCCUCGUUUUUGCCCGGUGAAUGCUUCAGGCUUUGGUCUUUGAGGACUACCAGAAGAGGUCCUCGGAGACUGAGAAGACGUGCUAGAGCUGAGUUGACCUAG